CGGCAUCAUUCCCGAUAAGAGACACGACUAAAUCCAUCACGAGGACAUCUGCACAACGGGAGAACCUCGGACCAACGCUCCCAGCCUCCCCUCUCCAAGAGGAAUCGCGACUGCGACGUCUCCAACCAAAACUACCUCAAGUUUCCGCUCCGCUUCCGAUUCCGCUGCUGGACUAAGUGCGACACUAUCUUUGUGCGACGUUUAUAAAAUCAUGGCGAAGCCCUGGCCUUCUUUGAUACCGCCGAACCAUGUCCCGCCAACCGCUACGUCGAGCUCAUUUUUAUCCAGAUUAAACGCCCGUGUUCCUUUCAAAAUCCCACUCGUCUGCAUCUUGCUCUGGAUAAUUGCCUCGUUUUCGUAUCGUCGCAGCGUAGAGAUCGGCGCUCCAUGGCGCUUCGGAGAGCAUCCCGACGCUGAACCACAGCACGAAUUCCGCUGGGAAGACAUCACGCCACAAUCGUCGCUUCAUUACGUGCCUUGCUACUCUUCCUUCCAAUGUGCGCGUCUCUCUGUGCCACUAAAUUGGAAUGCGUCGACGACCGAGCACGAGACUGGUCCCCGUGCAGCCAUAGCUAUCAUUAAGCUCCCAACAAAAGUCCCCGUGACGGAUCCAAGAUAUGGCGGACCGGUCUUGGUGAAUCCAGGUGGCCCCGGCGAGUCUGGUGUUUACCAGGUGCUCACCGACGGCAAGAGUCUACAGAAGAUACUCGAUGACCCUGUAUUGCCCGAUGCCGGUGAGCCGGGCACUGUGGGCGGAAAGUAUUUUGAUAUCCUCUCAUUCGACCCACGAGGUGUAAAUAACACCACACCUCAAUUGCAAUGUUUCUCAGACGCCUUUGAUCAACAGUCUUGGCUGCUCAGCCUGCCCGACUAUGGAUUGCUGUGGCACAGUGAGAGCAUUACUGGGAUAGAAUGGGCGAGAGCAGCUGCCCUGGGAGCCAGUUGUUCAUACGGCGAAGAUGAAACGGGCAUUCUUCAGCACUUGAAUACGGCUCAGACGGUUCAAGACAUGCUGCAGAUUGUUGAAAAGCAUGGAGAGUGGCGAGAAAACGAGGCAAGAGAGUUGCUAUCGCGUGCUCCAGUCUCAUGCCAAAGGAGCACAUCCGGCAUUAUCAACCGGACAGCAUAUCAACCAGGUCAAGAACUGAUGCAGUAUUGGGGAAUGAGCUACGGAACUCUCAUCGGCGCGACCUUUGCAGCAAUGCACCCAGACCGAGUCGGUCGGGUGGUCAUCGACGGCGUUGUCGACCCGGCAGACCACUACGCCGGGACUUGGCUCACGCAGCUGCAAGAUUCCGACAUGAUCAUCUCCAAGUUUUGCGAGUACUGCUUCCAGGCCGGUCCUGAGAAAUGCGCUCUCUACACUGGCUCUUCGCCAGCCGACGUCGAGGCCCGGCUUACGUCCAUCCUGCUUUACCUGAAAAGCAGUCCUAUCGCCAUGCCCCCAUCUCAUUCGAAUGAGGGCCCGGCCUUCAUCACCUAUGGCGACGCCCAUCUUGCGCUUCUGUCGGGAAUGUACUUCCCCUUCGCUGUGGCAGAGGACUUUUUUGACUUGCUCGUCGCACUCGAGAGCCGAAAUACGUCUUCUCCAGCCCUCUUGCGAGUUAUAUCCACCAAGCAGGGAACACUCAACAAGGCGGGAUGCGAGCCAAAGGGAUCCCAUCCGGAAGAGCGAGUGCCCUACGUCUCCGGCUUUGGCUCUUUCCAGGCCAUUUCAUGCAUGGACAGCGGAAACGUUGAGGUUUUGACCCGCGAGGGAUUUAAUGACUAUCUUGUGGAAAUCGAAGCACAGGGACGGUGGAUCAGCCCCAGUUGGGCUCGCAAUAAGCUGUCUUGUCUGGGAAAUACAAUUAAGCCGGCUUGGAACCAUGGUCUGGCGUUCAAGGAGCAGGAAUGGGCAAAUACAUCUUACCCGCUGCUCAUUGUUAGCAACACACACGACACGGUAACGCCCCUGCGAAACGCCCGUAGAGUAUCGACGCUAUUCCCGGGGAGUGUGGUACUGCAGCAGGAUUCCCAAGGCCACUGUUCGCACUCGAAUCCAUCGCUGUGCACUGCGAAAACAAUCCGAGCGUACUUCCAAACGGGUGAUUUGCCGGCUGAAGGAACCAUCUGUGAACCCGCUAUAAGGCCAUUCUUGGGCUGUACCGCAGGGAAUGAUGGUGGGAGGGGCGAGUGCAAAUAUACUAACCGCGAGGAGGCGAGGCUCUGGGAGACAAUGGUUGAGCUUGCGGAUCCGUUUGGGCUACGGCCGAAGGACACGUGAAGUUAUAGUUUGUAGAUGCCCAUGGCUGAUCUCUGGAGAGAGUUAUGAUGUCGGCUGGAUGUAUUUACGUAGCAGACGGUUGGUCUGGCCGAUGAUUGGAGUGAUUAUAGCGUUUAUGAUCCUAUGAAUUGACUAGAGGAGAAUUCUUUAUGACAUCACA